AUUCAGUGCAGUGUUGGAUCAGACGUCGGACGGGAUGAAUGUGUCGCGCGCUGCUCUCUUUCCUCCUCUUGCCAUCUGUGCUCGUGCAAUCUGGUUCCUUCCGCAGUGUUGCGGUCUUCGGUGAAUGAAUUUUAUUUCCUACAAGUUCGUCGGACUUGGCUUGUGUUGGUAAAGGGAGAAGUCUCACAUAACGAAUAGUUUUCUUUAUUAAGUGCGCGUUCGAUCUCAUGAAUGAUAAUAUACACUUUCUUAAGUGGUCAGAAAGUUCGCUUGAAAUGUUAUGAAGAGACACGAGUCACUGAUUCACACUGGCGAAUAGACAAACGUAUUAAUGAAAAGUUUUCGAUAGAACGUUUUAAAUAAACAUUUCCAACAAAAAUUUCAUUUAUUAAGAUUACAUUUAUUUUUGUGAGCAACUUAUACUCAACAAUGUCAAUUCGAAACAGAUAAUAAUAAUAGAGAAACUAAAACCGAGGAAUUGUCAGAAAAGAUCCCGAGAGGACAUCAAUCGAUUAUAAACACCGAGGUUCGAGUGUGAUGUCAAUAUGAUCGACAUUGAUGUCACCCAAAUAUCACGAUGUCCAGUGAGCAUGAUCUCCACGACGGUGGAGCCAUUAAGAGACUCUUGUCGUCUGCUCUCAUGUUGCUCUGUUUCUGCUGUUUUUCGGUCACACCCACCACAGAUAUUUCAAGAGUCAACGGUCCGAUGUCGAACUCAGGGUGGGCCAAAGGUGAGGCGGACCACAGACCACCCUUCACUCCCCUUCAGCCGACGUACCGUGACACACCAGCCAGGGUUGUGGCCAGGGCCAAGGACUCGGCAUUCCUCCCUUGUUCGGUCGCAAACCUCGGCGAAAAAGCUGUGACGUGGAUGAGGCAGAGGGAUCUCCACAUACUCACCGCAGGGAUCCUCACUUACUCAGCCGAUGAGAGAUUCAAGGUGUUGCAUAAGGAGGGGAGCGAGGAGUGGACUUUGCAAAUCAAGUUUGCCACCAGGGAGGAUUCGGGGAUUUACGAAUGUCACGUUAAUUCGGAUCCUAAGAUUAGCCGCCAGGUCGAGCUCAUCGUGAAAGAUCAUAGUCAGCUAGAUUCUCCUUGGGUUUAUGGCCUCCCUCAAACAACAACUGAUCCUGGUAAGCUCUUUUGUGUAACAUUUCGUCAAAAUUGUAUAACACUUUUUAAACGUUUUUCUUCGCAGGAGGUGGUCCUUUGGUUCCCCAACUCGGCAAUCGAAGAGACCCUUCCUGUAGCACAGUACAGGGCUUAG